AUGAAGACCCGCGCCGCUUCGAUCCGCGACCGCGUCGGUCCGUUCGACGACAUCUCCGAGGAUCUCGCGUGCCUCGUGCUCGCGCGCGUCGACGACGUGAAGUCCAGAUACGCGCUCGCCGCGACUUCGAAAGUGUGGAAGGACGCGUCGACGCGAGAGGAGAGCCUUCCCCCCGCGGACGUCAUGAUAGGCUUCGCUCGCGAGUGCGAAGGCGCGGAAGAGACCGUCGAAUGGUUGAAAAAAGCCACCGCGAAGUGCAGCCCGGAAGCGACGUACCGCCUCGGUAUGGUGUACUUGCACGGCGAAAGCUUCCCCGACGGGUUCUACAAAAAAUACUCGAACCCUCUUGUCGGGUUCGAACUCGUGAGAGCGUCCGCAGAGGCGGGGUUCGAGCGCGCCGUGCACCACGUCGGCGUAUGCUACCUGUGGGGUAUCGGCGUGGAAGAGGACAAAUGGAUGGCAACGCAGUGGUUUCUGAAACUAGGGACGGCGCUCCAAGGCAAGGGUGUGUACGAGCUCGGUACUCUGCUCUUACGCGGCGAAGGCGGCUUCACGAAAAAUCACCAGUUGGGGUGGAGGCUGUAUAAGGAGGCCGCGAAGCUGGGAUGCGCGGACGCCGCGUGCGAGCUCGGGAUCUGCUACUGGUACGGUAGUUACUAUCAAGUUAACCGUACAAAGGCGGAAGAGUAUCUCCUAUUCGCGGCGAAAAACGGAAGCUGCGAAGCAGCCUUGGUGGCGGAAGAACUCGGGCUCUGCGACGGCGACGUCAUGGCCCAGUGCGAAGCGGCGCUCAAGGCGUCGACCGCGUGGGGGAAGCUUUGA